AUGUUAUUAGCUAAAAUCUUGGUGACAUUGAAAAUAGUGAUUAUUAUUAAUUUAUCAGCAAAUAUUGUAAGCUGUAACGAAAAGACAAGUCUCAUUCAGAAUGAUCUAUUAUUCAAUGUACCAUUAUUAGAUAAUUAUGAAUGGAUGACAGUUACCAGUUUACUGUUGGACACGAUUGAAAAUUCUACAAAUUAUUUAUGGAAACAUAGAGUUAAGGUGAAUCUAGAUGGUUACCUAGGAACCAGAAUGGUUGAAGGUAUUAUUCAAAUGCUGUUGAACCAAUACAGACAUAAAAUACCCCAGGAAAUUAUUGAAAGAAUGGAAUUGCUUUGGGAAAAAUUGCGAACAUUGAACAGUUUUGGUAUGAUCAAUGUUCAACAACAAACUCCAUUUUAUUUUUCACGUGUAGGAUUUUUGCUUAAUCCACAGCUAUGGAAUCAUUUUUAUCCACUGGCAUUACUAAACUAUUCUUUGGUACAUAAUUCAAAAUAUAAAAAUGAUUCAUGGACAGAGUAUGAAUGUGACAAUUGUCUCAGAGAGUUUCUUAACAAGGCAGACGAUAGCUUCUGUGAAAUUUCGAAACAAUGCUGGGAAGCAGCUACUGACUACAGUGAAACGGAAUAUGGACUGACGCAUCAAGUAUUUUAUUUUAUGAUUGGAAAGCAGAGUAAUUGCAGUGAAACAAUGAAUUAUCUUCUGAGUUUCAAUCAACCAGAAAUGAAUAUUGAAGAAUUUUUGCAACAGUUAUGCACAAAUAUUGCAGCUGAAGCUGAAAUAAUUGCCAAUGAAAAUUUUUCAACUGGUUUUAGAGAUCUAUUCAUGGAACAAGUUGGAUUUUGUGGUUUAGCAGGCUUUUGGCAAAUUUGUAAAAUUGAUUGGUUAAUGAGAAUUAUUUCAUGGCAAAAUGCCAAUGGUUGUUAUCAUAAAUUUUACACUGAAGAAAUGAAUCCGGAAAAUUUUGAUCUCAAUCUAUAUGGACAUUAUAAGCGUAGAAGGCGUUCUGAACAACUUUUAUCUAGUGGUCGACAGGCGUGUUUAUCGCAUAGGACAAGUGUAGCAAUGACAGCAUUAAGUGCUUACUUAAGAUACUUAAUUGAAUUUCAUUAG